GUCAUUUUCAUUUUCUCCCAUUGCGUGUUGAAAAUUAAUCUCCAAAAUUACUUAGAUUUCCAUUUAGAACGGGCGAUCACGUAUUUAUUCCAUUUGCCAAGUUGUAUUUGGUUUCAGUGAGCUGUCACAAUGCCGCAAGACAGACGCAAAGUGCCUUUCAGUGGAAAGGCCAAGAAGCAGCAGAUAAAAGCAAAGAAAAAUAAAACUUUAAUAUUGUCGACAUCUUCCGGUUCCAGCACUUAUGAUGUAGUGUCCGUGAACUAUCAGCCUGGCAGAAACCGUGGUGGGGGUGGUCGAACUGAUACCAACCGGUACGCUCUGAAGUUCUACCGAGAGACUAAUGAGGAAUUGCAGAUGAAGAAGGAGGAUGCAAUGAAAUCCUUGAACCCAGUCCCAGAGAAGGAUCUAGAGGUGAACCCGUCAGAUUUCUUCCCAGCCGACAUGUCUUUCCCAAAGAGACCGCCCUGGGACUUUAAAAUAACACCGGCACAAUUAGACGCACAAGAACAGAGAUAUUUUAAGAACUACGUGGACCAACUGCAAAGCUCAGAACAUUGGAAGGAUGUGUCAUAUUUUGAGCUGAAUCUAGAAACUUGGCGACAGCUAUGGCGCGUUCUAGAAAUGUGCGACAUUUUACUGCUUAUUGUGGACGUCAGAUAUGCGCCAAUGAUGUUCCCACCGUCUCUAUACAAUUACGUAGUCAAGGAACAGAACAAAAGCAUGAUACUUGUUCUCAACAAGAUAGAUUUAGUGCCAGCGUCCGUGGUAGCAGCUUGGCACGAAUACUUUACAAACACUUGUCCCGGCUUGAGAGUGGUUUAUUUUACUUCAUGUCCGGGAUACAAUCUGAGAGGUGGUACGGAGGAUAAGGCUGGCCUCCAAGUCCGACGUCGUAAAGGUCGCCAGCAGAUGUGUGUCGAAGGCGCCACUAAGAUACUGGAGGCCUGCAAGGACAUCGUCAAUGGAGAAGUAGAUCUGAACACAUGGGAGAAGAAGAUAAGAGAGGAGGCGGAGAUUGAGUUCGAUGAGGAGGAGCAGACUGAAGUUGGUCAAACUAUAUUGGAGAAAGCUGACACAACUUUUUACAGCCAUGAAAGAUACAAAAAUGGCGUAUUAACAAUAGGUUGUGUGGGCCAGCCCAACGUUGGGAAAUCUUCUUUAAUGAAUGCUAUUAUGGGAAGAAAAGUAGUUUCUGUAUCCAAAACGCCAGGGCAUACGAAACAUUUCCAAACUAUAUAUCUAACGCCGCAGGUACGUCUGUGCGAUUGCCCCGGUCUAGUUUUCCCAUCGAAAGUUCCGCGACCUAUACAAAUUCUUAUGGGAUCCUACCCCAUUGCACAAUUACGAGAACCAUACACCACAAUAAGGUACUUAGCAGAAAGGCUAGAUUUGCCCAAGUUACUAAGGAUAGCCCAUCCAGACAACGAUGACACCUGGUCACCACGAGACAUAUGCGAUGGAUGGGCCAAGAAACGUGGCUAUCUUACUGCUAAGGCUGCUAGGUUAGACACAUACAGGGCUGCCAACAGUAUACUAAGGAUGGCACUCGAAGGAAAAAUAUGCAUUUGGCUCAGACCACCAGGUUUCUCAGAAAAGAAGGAAGACUACGAAUCGCACAAAGAGAUUAAAUACGUAAAAUGGGUGCAAGCUCUCACCAAAGAUGACGCGCAAACUUUACUUACGUCAGACUCCGAUUAUGACGCUAGGAGCAGUCAUUCUGACGCAGACGACAGCGCCGACGAUAAUGACGACGAAAAUGAUGACGAUAGUGAUAGCGAUAGCGACGGUGAAACUAUCACAGCUAGCAGGAAUAAGUUUACGGCGCUGUUAAACGCUGAAUAGUUUUGCUAUUAAAAUGAAUGAAAAAUUAAUGAAU